UAAUUUGCAUUAUAAAUGUUUUUCUACAGAAUACAAGUCGAUGUAUAGAUUGUCAAUACUAGUUUAGUUACAUGUAUAGUAGGGCUAAAUGGCGCAUGUUGCAUUAAAUAUUUCCGAGCAUGAAUUAAUAAUUAUUUUUAAAUAUUAGGCCUACUAUGCCACGCCAAAGAAGCUACAAAAUGUCAAGGAAAUCUUAAAAUGACAGCCAUCAUUGUCAUAUCUGCAAGUAGCCAACUUAAUCUUAACAUAAAAGGCUAACAUUUGAUUCCAAAUUUUAGGUGGAUAUUUUUAUGGUGACGUAAACAAGCAAUACCAUUAUAUUCUAACCAUUCUUGUAACCACUAACGGCCUUUUUGCCAUGUUAACCCUACCUUCACGUGGUUAUGGUUUGUAGACAGGGUAUACUUUAAAUCCCACCUUAAGCAUGCCAGGUACACAAUGCGUCAUACGAUCAUCGGUGCCCGACGAAACCAUCCCCGCUCUCUUGACUCUGGACUCUGCUCAUUGUCGAUGUUGUGCCAGGCUUAAAAUGUAGUAUUUAAUAAUACAGUAAUUGGUUUGCUAGAGUGAGCAUGUGCAUUUUGAAUAAACACCGCAAUAUUCACUACUGAUUUAAGCAGAACAAAAAAUUGUUUGAACAUACCAUUACCCAGGAUAUUCAAAAUUGUUAAGAAUUGUCUUCGAUUUUUCCCGAACCAUCGUGACGUCAUUUCAAGGUCCUAGGUUCAAUUUCAAUUCUUCGCAAAUAAUUUUUUGGGAUAUUUUUUUUCUUUCUCAAUCAACAAGUCCACUCACCAAGCCCCCAGAACUAACACAAGGCUGUAGAGGGUGAAUGGUUCAGUAAUGAUGGCCACAUACAAUAUUUCAUGUUUAAAAAAAACGCCCGGCAUUUUAUAUGCCUAUUUCACAAUGAAUUUCACUACGAAAAUUGUUUUGCUGCUUAGCACCGAACAUUUUGGAUCGGUGGUAUAAAAGCACAUAUGUGCAAUUUCUAUUGUAAUUUUAUUGUAAUACAAACAGAUUUAGCCUUGUGCUACCGUUUUUGUAUUUAUCGCUUAUAUCGUUAAAAAAAAAAGAAAGAAAGAACCUAAUAGCCUUAGAAUAGACAGUCUAAAUAGGUUAUUAAAUAAAGCACCUCGCCGUAGCACAGACAAAUCUUAACCUUUAGAAAAUACACUUUUGUUACUCUAUUGAGAACAAUCUCAAAGUUCAGAAUACAGGGCUUAGUAGAUUAUUCGUAAUUAGCAGUCGAUUGACAAGAUCUUAUGGAAUUAAAUGAGUGCUGACCAACUUGGACCAAUCACAACAAGUAGCUGUGUUACUUCCUCCUCCACCCUGAGACAUUCACCGGAAAACGAGGAAUAAUAUUAUAGUGGUGGUGGAAUCUGAGUGAAGUUUGCUCGAAUAAGAAUAAUCUGUCAUGGAGACGUCACGGCAUCUCUCUGGAAUUCUCAUCAUCACGCUAUUUAGUAUGAUACAUGCGCAAACAAGCAAGCUGUUCACGAAUGCAGAUGGUGAAUCGUACGUCAAGGUUUCGACUAUCACAACGUACCUUCCAUCAACGCUUCAUCCUAGAAUAGUUAUGGUAUCCACACGAACAGAAGAACGGGUGACGAUGGGACGACCAAUGACGACAGACAUAACAUCAAAAGGUACCGGUAAUGAGGACAACACGCCACUGCCCUUAGCCGUGUCAUUAGCAGCUGCCCUAGUUGUGGCAAUGGCAGUGGUCAUCAUUUGCGUUGUCGUCCGAAUAAAAUAUAAGCGAAGUUUAGCUGAGGACAAUUGGACACGAACAAGUAAGGUACAGAAAGGAGUGAACUCGGCGGAAAAUGGUUUGUCAAAUCAUGAAUCACAUCUUGCUGUUAUUUAA